AUGCCUUCAGAAACGGAUAUGCCACCUGAAGACAAGGCUGCAGCACGACGUCAGCGUCGAUUGGCACUAGAGAGAAAUCCACACCUGGCUGCAUCUUACCUUGAUGAACGUGUUCAAGUCUUCAUGAAACAUGUCAUGGGGAAGAUAUUUGAUAUCGGGGAUUUCUGGUAUUGCUAUGAGUGGCAGGAGCGAGGAAGCGGCCAUGUACAUGGAUUUCUGUGGCUCAAUGAUGCCCCAAGACCCAAGGACAUAGACUGGGAACUGCUCAAGAAGCAAAACACACCCAUUUCCGGAGACCAGGAGCAGAAGAUGACCGCUUUCAAGAAUUACUGGGAUCGCAUUGUCUCAGCCUUCAAUCCUGUGCCAAGAGACGAUCCGAACGCACCACAUCUGGGUCAGAAUCCCUGCAGUCGAUCCACAUCCAACAUCGAGAACACGAAGCAGGAGUUGGCGGACUUGUUGAAUUGGGUUCAGCAACACAGCAAAUGUGUUGCUGGCUAUUGCCAAGUUAAGCGCAAAGUACCCGGUCAACAGGAGCCACAAACCUUCUGCUGUUUUGACUACCCUAUGCCCUGCCAUCCAGACUUCUUGACUAUUGGGCUGGACAGCAAGAACCGGCUUCGGUUUGAACCUAGGCAAAAUGAUCCACUUCUGAACAACUACAAUCGGGCAAUGCUCUUGGCCUGGAGAGCAAACAUCAACAUCAAACCUGUGCUCAGUAAAGAGGCCACAAUCGAUUACAUCGCGAAGUAUGCUAGCAAAUCCGAGCAGCAAGCGCCUGCUUUCCCGGAAAUGCUCGAUACCAUUGUAAAGCAAAUGGACGGUGCAGGAAGCGCUCAGAUUGCAUGUCAGAAGCUGCUGAACAAGAUGCUUGCCACGUUCCAGACACUGUAUCUUGGCGAAGACGGUGGGAUGCAAGAGAUUAUACAGUCUGCCGAUGAAAUGGCAGAGAAUCUUGACAACAACAAAGACUUGGAUGGGGAACGACGCGUAACAGAUGAUUCCUGGCUGCAAAGAUACAUGUCUUGUCCGGAUUCUAUGGGAGCCCUGUCCCUAUACGAGGUCUUUUCCGGUUACUCGUGGCGAAGGAACCAGUGGCAAAAACGUCGAAAGCCGAAUGUCGUAGUCAGAGCAUUCCCUCGCUAUUCACCCAAUCCAGAAAGCGAUGUGUAUCCUCAGUACUGCUGCACAAAGGUCCUUCUUCAUCAUCCCUUCCAACACUUGGACAAACUCCAGAAGCGCGCAGAGGCUGAGCCAAGUGACAACAAGAAUCCAGCCAAGUAUUCCUGGCCCGAAUUGGGGGCGCAGUGCCGGGCUGCUGCACAUGUCCAUCCAACGGACUCGUUACGUUCUUGGGAGGAAGAGAAUCAGGACCAAGAAGACGACAAGGACAAGGAUGAAGAGGUAAACGCCGAUGUCGAGAUGCUGACCAAAGAUGAUUGGCAAAUCUUUGCACGUGACCAUCCACUCGCUGCACUUCCUCGAUUUGAAGCUUCGGAUCUAGGAACACGUCCUCUGGAUGCCGCCUGGAAUCCAGACGAGUCCCGUACACGCUGGAAUGACAUUGAACAAAUGGCAUCAUAUUUGGAUGUGCAACGACGUGAAUCGGGUCCGCAGGCCGAGAGUGUGAUCGGUGACAUUGAUGUCGGUACUCUUGCCCCGGAGCAACGCGCAAUAUUUGACAAGAUCCUCGGUGCCUACUCUCGCAUUCUUAUGGGACACCAAACGCAACAGAUUCUUCUCAAUAUCGAUAGGACAGCCGGUUGCAGGAAGACUUACCUCAUUCACGCAAUCUGUCAACAGCUGCGUCUCGCGGCAGCUCAGAACAACCAACUGGACCCGGUGCGAGUUGUUGCACCAUCCGGAGUCGCAGCAUUCAACAUUCGAGGCCGUACAGUGCACUCCUCUCUGGGUCUGCCCGUGAAUUCCAACUUUGUGCCUUUGAGCGGAUCACGACUGGCAACUCUUCAAGAGCAAUGGCGAGGCACCUGUUUUCUCAUCAUCGACAAAAAAUCAAUGCAGGGUCUUCGAAUCUUGGCGCAAAUUGACUCGCGUCUUUGCCAGAUCUUCCCUCAACAAGCAGACUGCGUAUUCGGAGGCAUCAGUAUUGCCUUGGUUGGGGAUUUUGCUCAGUUGCCACCAGUUGGAGAUCGUCCUCUUUAUGCCCCGCCUUCAAGAGAUCUCACGGACGGUGGCUCUCUCAGCCGCGACGGAAGCAUCUUAUACCGCAGCUUUUCGGAAAGUCACGCCCUUUGCGUUGUUCACCGGCAAGAAGGGGACUCCCCAGAGCAGGAAGCUUUCCGCGCUCUUCUCCGACAUGCUUCUCAAGGCAGUCUGAGUGUUCUCGAAUGGGAAACUCUUCUCACUCGCCGCUUCUCUGUUCUUUGUCCAGAUGAGAGGGCAACCUUCUCGGAGGCUCUCUGCCUUUUCACAACUCGUGAAGAUGUCCACACCCUCAAUCUGGACCAGCUCCAGGCAUUGAACGAGCCCUGUGCACGCAUGAAGGCGCGGCACGAUGGCGGGCCUGCUGCGGCAAAAGUCACUGCAGACAAUGCAGGAGGGCUGGAGCCCUAUCUCACUCUUUCCCGCCGAAGUCAAGUCAUAAUCAACCGAAAUCUAUGGCAACAGCACGGUCUGGUCAAUGCAACGGUUGGAACGGUGGAAGAUGUGAUUUGGGCGCAAGGAGCCUCGACCUCUGAUUUACCGGAGGUGGUUCUCGUCUCUUGCAAGGACUACACAGGCCCGACGCUAUGGCGAACCGAGCCACAGCUUCCAGACUUUCCCGGGGGUGUUCCAAUUGUGCCGAUCCCUACCGUUAAGAGCACCUUCAAUGUGGGCGACAAGCAGAUGUCCCGUGUUCAAGUUCCUCUCAGACUGGCAUGGGCAGUGACGAUCCACAAAUCCCAAGGUCUGACCAUUCCGAAGAUAAAGCUCGGGUUGGGGAAGAAAGGGUUUGCCAUGGGAUUGACUUUCGUUGGGUUGUCGAGGGUGAAAGCAUUGGCAGACAUUGCUAUAUUGGGGCAAUUGGACUAUUCUCGAGUUCAUAAUCUCGGUGGAAAGAAUAUGCAGUACAGGUUAGACGACUGGGCUCGUAGAUACAGAAUUUGA